AUGAGUGUUGAAGUAGAAGUAAUCUCUAGAGAAAUGGUGAAACCAUCGUCUCCUACACCUCGACAUCUUCGUCAUUACCAUCUCUCUUUCAUCGAUCAGAUAACUCCCCAAAUCAACAAUUCUAUGGUCUACUUCUUCACGGCUGAUUCUGUCACAAACAAAUUUAACGUCAACGAGGCUUCCGAUGUUCUCAAGAAAUCGUUGUCUCAAGUCUUAACUCACUACUAUCCACUCGCCGGGAGACUCAUGACAGACAACUUAGUGGUAGAGUGCAACGACGAGGGUGUCCCGUACAUAGAAACCAAGGUCAGGUGCCGCCUCAGCCACGUCACCGACGACCCCUCUCCGGCCGACUUCAGUAAAUUGCUUCCCUACGACAUGGAUGAAGUGGUGGACACAGUCCUAGGUGUCCAAUUCAAUGUCUUCGAUUGUGGUGGAAUAGCCGUCGGAGUAAGCCUCACCCACAAGAUUGCCGAUGCGCUGUCGCAUUUCCAAUUCAUUAAGACCUGGGCCGCCGUAACACGCGGCGGACCAGAACCAGUCAGAACCCACUUCCAAUCUUCCUCUCUUUUCCCGACAAAAGACUUGUCGGGAUAUGAUCCGAAUACACACAUAGGACAGCACAAAGCCGUGGGCAAGCGAUUCGCUUUUGAAGCAUCCGUAAUAGAAUCUCUGAGAACAAAAUAUUCAAGAAAGCUCAGUGAAGGCCAAAAACUUCCUUCAAGAGUAGAAGUCUUAUCAACUUUCCUAUUCAACCGGUUUGUUGCAGCCACAAAAGAAGAGGGCGACAAUAAGAUUCAUUUAGUGACAUCCACAGUGAAUCUACGCACAAGAAUGGAUCCUCCAUUGCCAGAAUAUGCGUUCGGGAACUAUUACUGGUACGUUCAAAUGUUUCCAACGUUAGACAAGAAAGGAGAGAGCGACGACUUCUUUGGAAGACAGUUAAGAGAAGAGAUAACCAAAGUGGACAACGAUUUUAUUGUGAAGCUUCGAGAAAGCAAAGAAUGGAACCCUAAUAGAGAAGAUAUGGCUAAAGCAAUUGAGAAGGGUGAGUUGGUGCCUGUGGCCUUCACUUCACUGUGUAGGUUUCCCGUGUACGAGGUUGAUUUUGGAUGGGGUAAUCCUACGUGGACAGGACCGCCUACGUGGAAAUUCAAGAAUGUAAUUGUUUUUAAAGACACCAAGUCAGGUGGAGGCAUUGAGGCGUACGUCAACUUGACGAAGGAUGACAUGGCUAAAUUUGAACGUGAUGAGGAGCUUCUUGCUCAUGUACCAGUCUCCUCAUCUACGAGCUCUACCAAGUCAAAGGGAUAUACUUUAGUAACUCUAAACGGACCUUCCCACUUAUCACAUCCAGCAUUAUAG